GUGCAUGUGUGUCUGACCUGGCAACAGCUGAAGGGACGAAGCUUUCUCAUCUGUUUACACAUUGAUCAAAUUUCACUGAUGGGUGUGUAAGUUAUUUUUAUAAUUAUUUAAUUGGAUGAAGUUCACAUGGUGCAUUCACAGGCUCAAACCUUAAAUACUUCAUAAUCUUGUUUGUUGAUAAGCCAGAGCCCUGAGGUGUUGUCUGCUGUUUCGCGUAAAAUACAUUUUGUGGGUGUGUGUAUGUGCAAUAUCUUCUGUUCUACGAUCCUUCUUACUGCAUUUGUUUUUUUGGAAGCCACAAAAGCCAUCAAUUUUAAAAUAACUGGAUAUGUUUUUAUUAUUUACACAUGAAUUCAACAAUGCAGGCAUCAGAAGAAGUACAUUUAACACGCAAUACCUUUUUUCCAAUUAGAAGCACACUAAAACAUUGAUUUGAAGCAGCCAAGGCAUGAUUAAAAUAAAGGCUAAGAUGAGUCACAAAUGUAGUAUUGUAUUUUCCUGGCUGCUAUUGCGUCAAACGUGAGUAAACAUUUGAAGAACAAAAAAAGUGUUCCCCUUUGUCAUCAAGCUUCUAGAGAUGAGUGAUUGGAAAAAUUGUCCAUCUACAUCACAAACUGUUUUGGUUAAAAUGCAUUAAGGAGCAAUAGGAUUGCUUGUGCAAAUAGAUUGACUUGUUUUACCUGUUAUCGCAGCACAAAAAGCUUUGCUACACGAAAUUGACAAGCGUGAUAAUGGUUUUGUGGAUGUAUCAAUGUAUCAUUUCCUUGACGCCACUCUGGCCCAAUCAAUUAAAACCCCUGCCAUGGAAAAUUAUUGAUAUUUGACCAUUUUCCGGCUCUAACGCUGGUGUUAUAAAAGGGGAGCUGUGAGUAGCCGAUGAGUAGAGGUCUGGUAAGCGGUCAUGUCAGGGAACAGGAUGGCAGCAUUUGCACUGGUGUUGUUUCUGCUCGCAUGUGCUGCUGCUGUUGCGGCAAGUGAAGGCAAAAAAGUAGAGCAGCUCCAAGCAGGGAGGGAGGCAACAAGAAGCUUUGCGGGCAGACAGGAGCCUUUGCCUUCACGCACGGAGAGACGGGCGCACCUUUCGGAGGAGGAACGCGUGAUCAUGACCAAACAAAUCAUGCAAGCAAUCUCAGAGAUGGUGAAUUCUGACUGCAUGUUGGACCGUGACUAUCAGGGUUGGGUGGAUUUCGGACGCCGAGACGCAGAAUGAAAGAUAACAGAGGCGACGCCACAGCUAUUUCAGUGCUCAUCCAAUGCUUUUGCUUUGACGCGCGACUGAGUUCUUGCAACUUCGUGAAUAAAGUUUUUUGCAAAGUUAUAAAAGUGACUCGAGAGAGCUGAAUUG